GGUCCUGCUCUGAGGAGGCAGAUCUGCAGGGCUGCAACCGACACAGAGUGUCUCUUCACUACUUUUUAUGAUUGUAACAUUUCCAUGUUGAUUGUUGAAGAUGGCCUAACACCGAAAAAGUCUCUGCUGGCCAGGGAUCAGCCGAACCUUGAGAACGGCCCUCCGACCUCCAGCUCUUCAGAUGGAAGGUCACCAGCUGCUCGUCUGUUUCGCCCAAAAGCACCGUCUGCCUCGUGCCCUCGAUUAACAUGGCUGCCCGAAGCCGACUCCCGCACCCCGACAGCCUGGAGACGAGCAACGCGUUAUCAUGGUGAUCAUUUUCUCGAAAACACUGGAAAAGAAGAAGGGUGUCAAUAAUGUAAGGUCCAAGAACAUCGAGAGACGGCUGCGUGAGCUCCACACCAUGAGCAGAGGGACCACUCUCUUCUCCUGUCCGACUGUGGAGGCAGAUAGGUGGAUGGACUUGGGGAGAAGCUGUGCGGUUCAGCAGCGGGUGCCCUGCCAGUCUGGAGCCAGUCUGGAGAGCCUCUGGGAUGUGAUGCCUGAACCCGGGAGCCGGCACUGGGCCAGGGAGCCGGGCGGCGACAAGGCCAUCACCAGUCUGAUCAGAGACCUCAGCCUUGGCAGCAGCGGCCUGACCAGCACCCAGACCACGCCCACCGCCACCCACUACACCACUACAACCACCAGUCAGGCGCCGACGGCUCCCCCGAGCAAGCGCCAGUGCCGCUCCCUGUCUCUCUCCGACGAGUUCGGUGGGUUUCGGUCGUCUUGGAGGCCCCAGGGGUCACGAGUGUGGACAGCGGUGGAGAAACGAAGGUGCCACAGUGGAGGGAGCGUCCGCGGAGGAGGAGGCGGCGGCCAUUUCCCUGCAAUGCAGCGUAGCUCCAGCUUCAGUUUGCCCUCACGGUCCAGCAUCCCGUCAGACGGAGCCCUGGACUUGACGUUCUUUAACCAGCGGCUGCCUCCGCACCCCCAGUUUACGGCCUCUCUAGUCUCCCCGACCUCUCCCUCCUCGCACCACCAGCACCACCACUCCCGCCACCACCUCUUCCUCCGGCCCCUCUCCCUUUCCCACGAGCACAUCAGCCUGCCGGAGCUUCAGCCGGAGGAGGCUUCCGAGACCAGCUCCCCAGACUCCACCCCGGAGCUGAGUCGCCGGGCCGGACAGGGAGCCAGGAGGACGGGCUGCCUGUCCCGGAGCCGAUCCCAGCCCUGCGUGCUGAACGACAAAAAGAUCGGCAUGAAGCGUAGGAGGCAAGAAGAUGCCCAGGAGCAGCGUCCCUCCCUGGACCUGGCAAAGAUGACUCAGAAACUUCAGACUUUCCAGAGCCUGAGCUGCCCGGGCUUCUCUGCGGCCGACGGCUGCCAGUCGAGCCUGGCCCCGCCCUCCUUCCAGAGCGCCGGCCAGCCGGGUUCGGACUUCACCGCGGUGUCCGAGCUGGGACUGGAGGCGCGGCAGGAGGCGAGGGAGGACGACGACGACGACGACGAAGAAGAGGACUCGUCCUACGAGGAGCUGGACAGCGACUCGGCCUGCAGCGUGGACUCGCCGCCCGGCUCUCCCGCGGGGGUCGCAGAUGGGAAACGAACCCUCUGGAAGGGGGAUUGUGGGACACAGAGGGACAUUUUCCAGCUGGGCGGAGAGCUGGACCUUGACCAGAUCGAGAGGAACUGAACGUUGAGAAGCGUCUGGACUGUUGCAGGAAGUCGCGGUUGCUGUACUGAGAGGUGGCUGUUACGGUGGACUGUGAGGAAAACGGAUUUAUUUUUUGUUUGUUUGUUUUUUUUUUUGAGGAAAAGACACAGCAGGUGAUCUGGAUGAUAAAGUACGUCGUUGACACCCUUGUUUUUUAAAUGACACAUUUGCCUUGAACAUUCUUACUGUUUGAUUGAAGAAGCAGUAAUUUUAGCUGUUUUAUUUUUUUUUUUUUUUUAAAUGGGUAUUCAGCUUAACUCAGGAGUGGGAAAGUGAGGGUUAGUCUUAAAUGAAAUAAAA